AUGUCCACAGAUAUCUUCCAUGUCACGGAACAUACAGCACCGGCAUGCCAUAUCCGAGAGUAUCCUGGAAGCACUGUUAGGAGUCAGGAAGAAGCUUUGGCAUUACAUGUCAAGCAAUACACACCACUAGAACAAGCUGACCCUAUCCCAGUCAAUGCUAUCACUAUAAUCGCAGCUCAUGCUUAUGGCUUCCCUAAGGAACUCUACAAGCCACUCUGGGAUGUAGUCCACUACCAGUUAAAACAAAAUGGCUUUUAUUUUCGAAGUAUAUGGAUGGCAGAUAUGUCAAGCAUGGGCCAGAGCGGUAUGCCACGACCGCUCAUGGGAAUCAGCAAAAGUUUUGGUGGGAAUAUUCUAACCAACCUUGCACUCAUGUGCCCGCGCUUGCCGACGACCGUUGUUCUUCUUGACCCUGUCAUACAACCAACAGUGACUCAGGGCCUUGGAACUGACCCACCCAGAGCGGUCAACUAUGCGCUUCGGCGUCCUGACAUCUGGCCCAACAGAAAGACUGCGGCAUCUGCUCAUGCAAAGCUAUGGCGACGAUGGGACUGUCGUUGUGUGGAACUGAUGAUCAAAUUCGGUUUCGGCGACCUCCCCACCGCGCUUUACCCCGAAAUGCCAAAGGGCACAGAUCCUUCCAACCCGGCCAUGACUCUUACCACCUCGAAAUAUCGGGAAUUCCUAGGCUUUUCAAAGCUAACUCUUCAGUCGACCGCACUCCGGAUGGGAAGCUUCAGAUUGGCCGCUCUAUCCAUGCGGACCUGGACCCUGUCGUUGGGCUUCUACUUGUUUGUCACCCAGAGAGUCGGAGUACGUUUCUAA